CACGCGCAGUAGCAUGGUGUUCACCUCAACCGCACAGGAGAAUGGGUUGGAAAACCGAUUAUCCUGUGAUGUGAACAAGAAUGCCCUCACCUCAUCCCUAAACUCGUCUUACACCCCCACUGUCGCAUGACACCCGAGCAGUGCCGCAAACACAGUUGGAUCCGCAACCUCGGGGGACAGCCGAAGGCCGAGCUCAACAAGAGGAACCUGCGGCAGUAUAUGAGUCGAAGACGGUGGCACACAGCUGUUCAUACGGUCACCGCUCUCCGACGCAUGGGGGCAAACUUAUCUGAGAGGAGGGAACCCACCAACCAGGACUUUGUCAAGACGAAGAGCAGCACAGAACUAUGUGGUCUAGAGAGGGAGUCCCUUUCGUCCUCGGGUUUUAGCAAUUCCAGGAGUGCCAACGAAUUGCAGAGUCUGGAAUCGCCGACGACAGAAGCUCCAUCGCGCCUUGCCCCGGUGGCUGAGAAGGAGACCGAGAGCUCAUCUCCUAGUUUAGGAAAUCAAUCAAGAUCAAGUUGUAAAAAAUCAAAAACUGUUAAUAACAAAGAUCCACCAACUGCACAGCCAAGCCAAGAGCAAAAUAAAAGAGAAGUGCUUUACAUUGAAGCAAAGGAGGCAUUGCGACGGAUGGCAGGUCAGAUUCCAUCAUCAGAAACGUCUAACUCGGUCUGUUUGGAUGACCACAGGCAAACGAAGCAGAGAAGGAACGAGUCUCCCAAGUCCAAAGAUGCUCCCACUUCCAUCAAACAGCGUCGUGAAAAACCGCCCUCACAGCCUGUCCCACGUAGGCCCCCGUCAGUCACAUCUUCGACUCGCGUCCCGCCGGUGUUGGAGCUGGCCCGAAGGAGGUCCUCUGGCAUGACCAUCCAAUAUCCGUCGACCAUCGGCAAGCCACGCCUGGAAGCGGUCGAACAAGCGAAGGUCGGACCGCGCUCGCUCGUCGACCAGUUGUUGGGGCAGUUCAAGGGGAUGCAGUCGUUCUCCUUCGCCGAACUGAGAACGACCAAGGGCCCAGCUACCCUGGCGAACGCCGUGGUCAGCAAGCCCGUCUUCCAGUUCCGCAUGGGCCGUCCCAUCAACAGCGGCGCCGUGCUGGAGAUCGCCAAGAAGUUCAUGGGCUUCGAGUAGGGCAACGACAUGCAGGGAAGUUUUGCCCUUCCGGUGUAAAAGGAAAACUGAGUGUUACCCAAAUGGCUUCGACUGAGCUUGAAUGUGCUGUGACGAAAGAAGAAAAAAAGACAGUGUGAUGGAAACGAAUCAAACAAAAGCGAUGGACACGGCAGAAUGAAGCUGCAGCAUAGGAUAAUAGUAAUAAGAAUAAUAAAGAAUAUAUUUAGUGCACAUGGACACUAGGACGAUAAAUACCCUUCGUUGCAGCAGGAUGGUACUUAUAUUUAAAGUGAAUUUAAUCUUAGAAAAGUACUCUAGAAAACAUUGAAACUAACAUCUAGGUUAGAAAAAAGAUAUCGGUGAUUCUGGAUGUUCCUUAAUUCUUGUUUUUUUCUUUUAGUUUUUUUCACAUUAUUCAAAAUUAAUAAUGACAGUUAAGAAAGAUAAUUCGUAUCCACGUACAGAAAAAUUGACAAAUUUUGCGUUUUAACUUAUUUAUUUUCCAUUUCCUCCGCUCUACGAUAAAUAUUCUAGCUAAUAUUUGUUCUUCAGUUUGCAAACUACUGAUGCUAGACUUUUCAUAUCUGAAAUUAUUUUAUGCUCGCUCUCUCUCACCCUGAAAACAGUUAUAAAAUAGUUUUCUCUGUUUUUUUUUUGUUGUCGUUUUUUUAUGUUUUUAACGAUCUAUUGAACAUCCUGCAGAGUCCAUUGACAAUUAUUUCUUCAGCCGCUAUAAUUCCUAUCUUUAGUUCUCCUGUGAAAUAAAAGAAAAUCCAGAUACAGUGAAUAAAUCAUCUUCGAAUGUGUAUAUAAAGGAUUCGUAGUGACAUAGUGCAUUUUAUGAAUGGCAUUGACUCCUACUUUAUGAAUGACUAUAGUAAUUAUGUUGUUGAUAUUUUUUCUUAUCAUUUAUUUAUUAUAUGUUGCUUUAGGGUCACUGGAGCUUUUCUUUUAAGUUUUUUUGGAAACAAUUGAAAACCAAAAUGAAAAUAUAUAUAACAUGUGUUCUUUUUUAUGUUGAGUUCGUUGUUCGCCAAUCCUUAUAUAAAUUAUGAUGUUUCUUUCGUAAAUUGGUUAGCGCCAAUAAAUUAUUGUACAUGAAUUUUUCAUGAAUAAAGCAUUAUUCUUA